AUUUGGCAUGUGUAAACAAUUGUCUAUUGCAUACACCUCUUAUUCAAACAGAACCAUCAUGGGACAGUGAUCAAUGCUGUUUUGUGGUUAACCACAUUGUUCUCUGGGCAUCUGUCUAUAUGGAUUUAAUUUUUACGAGCGUUAAAUAGUUAUAUUUCACGAAGUUCUAUGAACAAAUGUAUUUAUUAUACGUACAUGUAAAUAAACUAUUAGUGUUAUAACGACGCUUUUAAUUAAAAAUGUUGUAUAACAUAACCAAAGUUUUUGUUGACGUGGUAUUGCCGGUACUUCAUAAAACGAAACCAACUAAAUUGCAUCAAAUAUCUAUUCGUAAUUUUCACACGAAUGAGUUGAAAAGACGUUUGAAAGCAGAACAAAAAUUGAAGGAAAAAGCAGAAAAAGAAGCGAAACUACUGGCAGAGGCAGCCACGAAAAGUGAAAGCCAAACUGAAAAGAAAAAAGAAGAUAAGGAAGAGGAAAUUAGUCCAAAUGAAUAUAUUAAACUUAGAACACAAGCAGUCCAUCAUCUCAAGAGCAUCAAUGAAUCUCCAUAUCCACAUAAAUUUCAUGUGUCAAUCUCAUUGGAAAAUUUCAUUGAGAGAUUUAGUGAUAACUUGAAAAAUGAAGAAAUUAUGUUCAAUGAAGUACAUAGUGUGGCUGGCCGUGUACACUCGAUCAGAGGGGCUGGUGCUAAGCUUAUUUUUUAUGACCUCAGAGGGGAAGGCGUCAAAAUUCAAGUAAUGGCUAAUGCAAGACAUUAUAAAGAUCAAGAAAAAUUUGCUGAUGAUACUGCUAAGAUAAAAAGAGGUGACAUCAUUGGUGUGGUUGGAAAUCCUGGGAAAACCAAGAAGGGUGAAUUUUCUAUUAUGCCUCAUAGUAUUACCCUUUUGAGUCCUUGUUUGCAUAUGUUGCCACACCUGUUUUUCGGUUUGAAAGACAAGGAAACGAGAUUCCGUCAACGUUAUUUAGAUCUUAUUUUGAACGACAGAGUGAGGAAAACGUUUCAAGUACGUGCAAAAAUAGUUGCGUACGUACGAAAAUUUCUUGAUGAACUGGGCUUUUUAGAAGUUGAAACACCAAUGAUGAAUAUGAUCCCCGGUGGUGCAACAGCUAAACCUUUUAUUACACAUCAUAAUGAAUUGAACAUGGAUUUAUAUAUGCGCAUUGCUCCAGAAUUAUAUCUUAAAAUGUUGGUAGUAGGUGGAAUGGAUAGGGUGUAUGAAAUUGGAAGACAGUUUAGAAACGAAGGAAUAGAUUUGACACACAAUCCGGAAUUUACUACGUGUGAAUUUUACAUGGCCUACGCAGAUUAUAACGACUUGAUGUCUAUUACAGAAGAUAUGAUGUCAGGGAUGGUGAAAGCUAUUCAUGGCAGUUAUAAAAUAACAUACCAUCCAGAUGGACCAGAAGGCGAAGCAGUAGAAAUUGAUUUCACUCCGCCGUUUAAACGAGUUUCAAUGAUGGAAACACUAGAACAAGUUCUAAAAACUAAAUUACCACCAGCGGACAAACUAAACACUCCAGAAACAAAUCAAAUACUUAGCGAUCUUUGCGUAAAACACGAAAUCGAAUGUCCGCCACCAAGAACAACAGCUAGAUUGUUAGAUAAACUUGUUGGAGAAUUUAUAGAAGAGACUUGUAUCAAUCCUACCUUCAUUAUGGAUCACCCACAAAUUAUGUCUCCUUUAGCAAAGUGGCACCGUUCUCAACAAGGCUUAACAGAACGAUUUGAAUUAUUUGUUAUGAAGAAAGAAGUCUGUAAUGCGUACACAGAAUUGAACGAUCCUUUAGUUCAACGAGAGAGAUUUGAGCAACAGGCAAAAGAUAAAGCAGCCGGAGAUGAUGAAGCUCAAUUAAUUGAUGAAAAUUUCUGUACCGCAUUAGAAUAUGGUUUACCACCAACUGCAGGUUGGGGAUUAGGUAUCGAUCGUGUUACUAUGUUUCUCACAGAUUCAAACAAUAUUAAAGAGGUACUGUUGUUCCCACAAAUGAAACCAGAUGAUCCAAACAAAAAUCAAGGAGUAUCCGACGACGAUAAAACAAUGAAUGAGAACACAAAUCAUGUAGAAAAAUGAAGAUUCAUCUUCAUGUAAUCUCUCUGUGUGCAAACUGUUCUUUGAAUACGAAGUGAAAUAACGAAAUAAAAAAGCUAUACUUUCAACAAUUGAAAUGUCGUUAUAUUUUGUCAUAACUGAAAGAACUGUUUCUUUUCUUCUAAGAAACUCUACUCCUACUAGUCUAUACUAUUACUUACCGUUAAACUAGUUUAUAAAACUUCAAGAACAUGGGAAAAGUGUAUUUAUACAUACAAUUUUAACUUUCACUGCAAGAAUUCUAUUUUAAUAUUUGUUUAAUUUUCAUAAAAAAUUAAACAUUUACAAAAAACGUAAAUUAUACUUAGAUAUUUACAUUAAAACGACGGAGCAAGUAAGCACUGAACAAUAAUGUGUACUUGCAAUUUGCUGGCAGCAUUUUCAUAUUGUCAAAUAUUUAAGUAAUAAAUAAAAUUUUUACAAUA